AUGCCUGCUGAUCAAGAUUCUGCAACUAAUCCUAAUUCAGCAUAUUAUCUUAGUAGUCAUGAUCUUAAUGCUUCCAAAUUGGUUAGCAUUGUGUUUGAUGGAAAGUGCUUCAAUGACUGGAAGCGUUCCAUGGUGAUUGCACUUUCAGCAAGGAAUAAGUUGUGUUUUGUUGAUGGCAGUCUCAAUCAACCAGCAAGUAAUUUAGCAAAUCACAGAAUCUGGAACAGAUGUAAUGACUUAGUAAUUUCUUGGAUGCUAUCUUCCUUAGAGCCUUCAAUUGCAAGAAGUGUGUUGUACCUCAAAACUGCAAGAGAAAUAUGGCUUGAUCUGGAGGAGAGAUUUUGUCAGUCAUCUGGACCACAACUCUUUUCUGUACAACAGAAAUUGUGUGAUUUGAGUCAAGCAGAUGAUGAGCAGAUUUCAAGUUUUUUCACUAAGAUAAAGCUAUUAUGGGAUCAACUUGAUGGACUUGAUCCUUUACCUUCAUGUAUCUGCACAGGUUGUAGCUGCACUUUAACUCAACAGCUAUUGAAGUCUCAACAGAAUAAAGAUUGA